UCCAACUGAACAUGAUGCUACUCGGUUAAAUGUUUUCGGAUCAACUCUUCUACUACACACGUGGUUUUGUUUCGUUCAUAGCACUUGUCGGCAGAAGUAAUGCAAGUCGCCAUCUUCCGUAUUCGGUCUUCGCUUCGUUCUCUGAGAAGUUAGUUUUCUAAAGCGUUCGAAUGGAAAUGUCAACAAUCCAGAGUUUAAGACAGUUUAUCCACGAGAGGUUACACACUGCUGCUGAAGACAUAUUUGGAUGUUUUGAAUCGACUGUCACAAAGUACGAGGAGGAGAUCGGUCGUCAUCGCAGACUGCUGGAUGUAACUUUGAAACCUGUAGUAAAGCUGCAGAGAAUAGAGCUCCCACAGCGACAUGUCUGUAUCAAGGAAGAGUUUCCUGCUGACCUGCUGGAGAGGAACCCCAGUCCAGACCAAGAGGAGCCAGAACCUCCACAGAUUAAGGAGCAGCAGGAGGAGCACUGCAUCGAGCUCCCAGAGCAACAUUGUCUUAACGAGGAGGAGUUUCCAUCUGACCAGCAGCUCUGGAACCUUGAGAGGAACCCCAGUCUGGACCAAGAGGAGCCAGAACCUCCACAGAUUAAAGAGGAGGAGGAGCACUGCAUCGGUCUGGAAGUAGAGCAGCUUGUACUGAAGCAGGAGGAUCAAGAUAACCUUUUGUUGAAUCCUACUUUCAAGGAAAGUGACCACAGUGAACCAGAACCAAGUGACCACCAGCUCCUCUCCCACAGCUCAGCUCAGAGCCAAGAUCUCAACGGAGGCCAGCAUGGAAACUCAAAAUCAGUUAGUAAUGCAGAGCAGGCAUCAGAAAAGGGACAUCAUGUCAUCACAAGAGCAAAAGGGAGAACAAGUCCCAGUAAGCUUGCAUGUAGCACUACCAUGUCAAAGAUUGUGCUGAAUACCUGCAAGAGUAAAAAGGUUCUCCAGUGUGACACUUGUGGAAAAGUCUUUAAGUGGAAGUCAUUAUUAAAUAGACAUCUUAAGGUGCACACAGGUGAGGAACCUUUUUCUUGCAAAACCUGUAGGAGAAGUUUUAAAAUGAGAAAUAACCUGCAGAGACACGAGAGAACGCACACUGGUGAGAAACCUUUUUCUUGCAAAACUUGUGGGAGAAGUUUUAGUCUGAGAACAACCCUGCAGGAUCACGAGAGAACGCACACGGGGGAGAAGCCUUUUUCUUGCAAAACUUGUAGGAAAAGUUUUAUUCGGAGUAAUCACCUGAAGAGACACGAGAGAACGCACACGGGGGAGAAGCCUUUUUUAUGCAAAACUUGUGGGAGAAGUUUUGCGCUUGGUAAUAACCUGAAGGUCCACGAGAGAACACACACGGGGGAGAAGCCUUUUUCUGCAAAACUUGUGAGAAAAGUUUUACACGUGGAUGUAGCUUGAAAGUCCACAUGAGAAGCCAUAAAGGCAGGAACCCUCAUUUGGUGAUGUUUUCUUCCAACUGGUGCCGUGGACCGACUGACACAGCAGAUAACACACAGAGGAUGAUCUCCUGUCUUUCAUGUCUUCUUCUUUUUCAUAUCCUCUCUCAUGAAAUGCCGCUUUGUAUAAGUUCUGGCUUUUGUGAACUUGCGGCCAGUUGUUCCAUUUUCAGCACCCGUGCUUGUUGUAUAAACUCUG